CAAAACUCUUGAUCGAUCUUGUUCAAAAUGGUUUUAUUGCGAAUAUUACCAAGACAAAAAUCAGAAAAAAUGGAAAAACAUUAUUUGUAGGAGAUGGAGGAAUUGAUUUAUUUGGAAGUUUUAUGAAUAUGCAUUAUAUAAUUCAAGCUAAAUUUAGAACAGAUGAAGAAUCAUAUGUUCCUCCUAGUGAAAUUAGUAAAUUCAUAGCAGUUUUAAUGCAACAACCUGAGAAUACA